GUUUUUGUUUUUAUCGUUCAACUCGUUGCGACAGAAUUGUUUUGACACGCGUCGUGGCAAAUAUUUGUUUACAUUUGUAGUUUUACAUUUUCUUCCAAGGCAAAUCAAUCAUGAAGGCCCUGAUCUUGGUCGGUGGAUAUGGCACGAGGCUGCGUCCACUGACUCUUAGUUGCCCCAAGCCACUUGUUGAGUUUGCCAAUAAACCUAUGCUGCUGCAUCAGCUUGAAGCCCUAGUUGAGGCUGGUGUCAACCAUGUUAUUCUUGCUGUGAGUUACAGAGCGGAACAGAUGGAAAAAGAAAUGAAGUCUGUGGAAGAAAAGCUUGGUGUUACUAUCACAAUCUCACUGGAAACAGAACCUCUCGGAACUGCCGGUCCUCUUGCCCUUGCCAGACAGCACCUUACCAACGACCUUGACCCAUUCUUCGUGCUAAACAGCGACAUCAUCUGUGAUUUUCCCUUCAAAGAUAUGAUCAAGUUCCAUAAACAUCAUGGGAAACAGGGCACUAUAAUGGUAACAAAAGUAGAAGAGCCGUCAAAGUAUGGUGUUGUAGUGUACGAUGCUGAGACAGGAAGAAUUAACCAGUUCGUAGAGAAACCUCAGGAAUAUGUGUCCAACAAAAUUAACGCUGGAAUGUACAUGUUCUCACCUGCUAUGCUUGACAGAAUUGAGUUAAAACCAACAUCAAUAGAAAAAGAGGUUUUUCCUGACAUGGCCAAAGACGGGCAAUUGUAUACAAUGGAAUUGCAAGGUUUCUGGAUGGAUGUAGGACAGCCGAAAGAUUUCCUCACAGGGAUGUGUAUGUAUUUAACAUCACUAAAGAAGAAAAAUUCCAACCUGCUUUACAAAGGGGAUGGUGUCAAUGGAAAUGCACUAGUCGACCCUACUGCUAAGAUUGGGAAGAAUUGCAGAAUAGGUCCCAAUGUGACAAUAGGACCUAAUGUUGUUAUAGAGGAUGGAGUAUGCAUUAAGAGAUGUACGGUAUUAAAUGGUGCUCUCAUUAAGUCACAUUCCUGGCUCGACUCUUGUAUCAUUGGCUGGAAAUGUGUCGUAGGAAGAUGGGUUCGAAUGGAGAAUGUGUCAGUACUGGGAGAAGACGUAACAGUGAAAGAUGAACUCUAUGUGAACGGUGGAAGAAUUUUGCCUCACAAGUCUAUAGCUGACUCUGUAAAAGAUCCACAAAUCAUCAUGUGAAAACAUGUGAACACUGUUGACAGCGCAUUUAUACCUUACAGAAUGUCAUUUUCGAAAUGCCAAUUAUUUGUCACUAAGUGCUCUCUUCGGCAAGAGAGUUUUUUUAUAUUUAGUUUCCUGUAACUGUCAGCCUGAUCCCUUAGUGGUAAAUAACACUGCAAAGUAGUCUGAUACCAAAAAAAUUCAUUUGUUUUAUAGUACAAUUACUAUUCAACUUUUAUAGAAAGGGACAUUAAUUUGACAAAUUCAAAUUACAAAAUAAUGGUUGUUUCACAUUGAUGUUGAGAAAAAAAAGAAAAUAGAUUAUGAUCAAAUCCAUGUAACAAAAGAAUAUAAAAAUUCUCACCUUGUUAUAUACUUUUAUAUUAUUUUUUUCGGCUGAAAUCUUCUUUUUUUUCAAAUAGACUAGGGAAUUAUCUUUUGUGAUGGCCUGUUGGGAAAUAGUGCCUAAAUAGUCCACAUAUUUCUUUUAAAAUAAUAUUUAAAAAAAAAUUCUCAUCUGCCCAAAUUAUGCUAAAUUUUGAAAGAGGAUCUAAAACUAUUUUUCCAUGGCCUUCUGGUAUAUCGGCUGAUUCAAAUAAAAAAUGAUAAGAUUUGCGCGUUAGAUUGCUUAUUUGGGGAUUAUAUUAUAUACCUACAUGUAUAUUUGCAACGAGGAGUAAGCAAAUGGCAUUUUGAAAAUGGCAAGUUGUAUAUUCCUACUGGCUUUCCUGAAGUCAAACCCUGUUCCAAAAUAAAAUGUAUGAAUAGUGUUCAUUUGGGAUGAAAUCUUUCCAUGUUUUCUUUUUUUUCCAUUUUUAAUUGCAUAGGCAUUGAAUUGAAAGUUCUGAAUUUGAAUGUGUUCAAAUGAAAAUAUGUGUGGGCAUACUGCUUAUUAUUAAAUGAAGUUAUCAUGUUGUGGGAAUGCUUUUUAAAUGAAAAUAUUAAAGACCUACCUACACACAUUUUUUUUUCAUGAUUUUUAUCUUGGCUUUUUUUUGGUAAACAGUUGAGGUCAUUUUGCAUAGCAUUGUCGUUGUAAUCAUCAUCUUUAACCAUGACCAUAAAAAACUGUUCACAAUAUUAAAUUGAACCAAAUGUUGGCAGAUACAAUAUGGACAUGUUUAGCAAGGCACAUAACUCUUGCUUUUAUUUUGUUGAGUUACGCCCCUUUUUUGACUGAAAACAGCGCUCUUGUUAUCUUGAAGUUUUUUUUUUUUUUGCUACUUACCAAUUUAAUUUUGUUUGUUCAUAGAUGCAUGUAUAAAUUAGGGUUAAAAAGUCGAUGGGGUCAUCUUAUCAAAGUGUGUACGACAAAUUAUCAUGAGAUCAUGAAUUUUGGUAUAAUAUUAUGGCAAUGUUAUAAGUUAAAUUAAACGUUUUGUUGGAAAAUCAAAGAAAUAUUGUUUAAUCUGACAAAUGCAGCAAUUACUUUGGAUAUAGGUAUUGUAAUUACACUGAAAUAUUGAUUUAACAAAUUGAUUGUAUAUACGAUCCUUGAUUAGAUGGGGCCAAUGUGUAUAAAUGAAGAUGAAUUAAUGUUAAGAGUUUUAUUGAUGAUUAUGUUAAAUAUUAUGAUCUGUAUUUUAAAUAUACUUUAAUGGUUCUUUUCAACUAGUCUUGGAUAGUUUGUGCUAUUCAUUGAUGCUCAAUAUCUAAGUGUUCAAAACUAUUAGACGUAAUUUGUAAUUUUAAAUUGUUUGUUUAUCAAGAAUAUUGCACAUGUUAGCCAUGAUCAACAAACAAAUUUAGAAUUAGAUCCAAAAAUUGUUUAACAUUAAAAAAGUAAAAUUUAAACUACUGUUUAUAAAUACUUCAAGAAAUUUUAUCAAAUCAUUUAGCAGCUGUUGGAACAUUUUCAUGAAUUAAAAUUAUUUAUAAUGCAUAUGUUAAAAGCAUUGUUUGUACAGCCUUGCACAUGCUUAAAAAUUCAGAAAAACCAAAAAUAUAUUAUUUCUUUAUAAAAAAACUUUGUACUGUGGAGAGAAAGAUUGAAUUAUUGUUAAUGAAGUGUUAAUUUAUUUCAUAUUUAUUUGUUUUAGAUGUGUUUUGUUGUUGAUUAAAUAUUUUUUAGUUUGGACAUUUCGUGAGAACCAUGUUUCUAGUGAAACAUUUCAUGUGGAAGAACCAUGUUUUAUGGAGAUACAUUGUACUGUAUAUAUUUUAAUAUACCAUUUAUCAGAUUGUGUAAGGCUAUCCUAAUUUAUUUGUAAGUUUGCAAUUGCCUGACCGGCAUGUGAUUAAAAAUAUUUGCUGAAUCAAGCAGUCGUAAAAUAUUUGAGUCUGGACAUUUCCAAUGAAUAGCUUAGGCCACUGCAAAUAACAAUUUGCUUGCAGAUGGCCUAUUUUGGGAAAUUAUUCCUAUGAGAUAUCAUGACUGACAAUUGUUAGAAUAAGCUGGACUAGAAUAGAAUAUUACUUCAUAUUUCUAAUCAGUGGUUCAUUAACAUUGGCAGCUAUUUGUAUAUGUAAAAUAGUGUGUGUGAUAUUUUAACAGUUUAGGCCAUGAAAUUUGGAUAUGCAAUAUGGAUUUAAUAUUCUACAUAUUACAUUUAUCUAGAUUUUGUAAUUUUACACGCUAUUUAAUAAUCUCAUUUUUUUAUUUUUGACCGAUAUGUCUUAUUAAUUCAUUUUCUGAGAAUUCGCAUUACAGCUUAGGUUUAACUCUUAACCCAAUUUCUCAAUCUUUCUCAAACCUAAUCUUAAGCUUAAAAUCUGCUUGAAAUAUAAAGUGUAACAAAUUAAUGUAUUGAUUGUACAUAAGUCAAUAAACUAAUCUAAAUUGAUUAAACAAAACAAAGCAAAAACUUUAUUAUGAUUAUUUUUUAAUAUAACUUCCUUUAAAAGUUUCAAAACUCUUUGAAGGGAGAAUUUUCACAAUGUUUUCCAAACCCAUAUUUCAAUUCUUUAUAUAGCUUAACAAUCUUAUAAGGGACUUGAAGAUUGUUUUAAAUACUAGGGUGAGAAGCUAAAUAGUAAUUACACCAAUAGACACUUGAAUGGUAAGCUGUUUUGAAUUAAUCAUGGCAAAACUUUGUUCACAUCUGCUCACAUUUAUGUAUGGUUCAAAUAUGUUUGUUUUUUAAUGAAGGUGGCACUCCAUGUUCACAAUUGACAGGAAAAAAAUAUAAUUCAUGAACAUUAUUUACAUCAACCAUUUAACCAUAAUGCCUUGAAAUUUUUUCUGUGUUGAAGUAUUUGGAACUGCAAAUUAUGAGUUAUAAUCACCAAAUAAACAAAAGUAACAAAUAAAAAAUUUAGUUCCAUUAUGAACAUGGAGUGCCACCUUAACCAUAGUUAAUCUGUAUACUGCUUUGUUAAGAGUAUUUUGAAACUGCAUAAUUCCAAGUUGUUAUAUAAAUUUAUUAUUAUAGUGUAGAAUCUUUAAAGGAAUUCAUAAGGGCUGGAAUGCUUAGACAACCAGGCUUAAUGAAAUUACCUUGUAGCUUUAGUAUGAUUUAUUCUGGUUUAAUUUAUUGAAGUUUUUGUAUUUAUUAUUUAGAAUUUAAUUAUUUUGUAUUUUAAACUGGGGAAUUGAUCCAUAUCAGGGGCCAAAAUCUAAGGGGAUUAUACAAGGGUCAUAUCAAUAAGCAUAUGAUAAAAUAUGGUUUUUACUAUGAUCAAGAAUUUUGGGAAAAUACUUAAUUGGGUGUCACAAAUCAAAUUAAAGUUUUUACUAUUAAAAUCAAAUAAAUGUUGCCUAAACUAUCUAUUUGAGCUCAUAGUUUUGAAAUAAAUAUAAUAACUUCUCAGAAUUAUUUAUGUGAAAAAGUGAUCAUACACAUGUGUGCUGAUAAGAGAGACCCAGGGUCCUUUAUGCAAUUUUCAUACAGCUGCAGUGAACCACAUUGUUAUACCAUGUUAGUUAUACAGAAAUCCUCUUGUUUAUCUCAUACUAAUUGUCAUGUAAAAGUGUGAUUCUAACUUAUAUUUGUAUUUAACUUACAGUAUGGACUUACCUGAAUAAUGUUUGUUGUGUUUCAUGUUAUAAUAAAGUAUUUAUUAUUUUACAAUUUGGGAUAUAUCUGUAUCAAAGAAAUAAAAUCAUGAAACUUG